GGCUGCCGGGAGCUGGAGUUCCGGAGGAUGCAGGCCGCGCUGCGGCAGCGUCUCGGCGGGCUGCGAUGGCCGCUCCGCAUAUCCGAGGCGGCCCCGCGGCCUCGCUUCGUCGGGCCGGGCUCUCCCGCGGCCCUGCGAUGCUGGAGCUGCGGCAGCCCCCUCGCUGCCGGAGAGGGGCUGCCGCACUUCUGCCCCGGCUGCCGGGCCCUGCAGCCACCGGGGUCCCGGCCUGACCUCUUCCGCCUGAUGGACUGCGACCGCUCCUUCCGCAUCAACGCGCAGCAGCUGCAGCGGCGAUUCCGGAGUCUGCAACGCGCCGUUCACCCCGAUCGCUUCGGCCAGAGGCCGCCGAAAGAACAGUACUACUCUGAGCAACACUCUUCCUUGAUCAACAAAGCCUACCAAACUCUGCUGAACCCUUUGAGCCGGGGCCUCUAUCUACUGGAGCUGAAUGGAGUAGAGCCUCCACAAGAGACAGACUGUGAUGCAGACUCAGUGUUUCUCACAGAGAUCAUGGAAAUUAAUGAGAAAUUAGCAGAGCCUAAAAAUGAGGAUAUCCUUAAAGAAAUUGAAACUUUAAUUAAAGUUAGAGAAGAACAGCUGACCAAAGAGGUGACUGCAGCUUUUGAAAGAGAUGAUCUUCAAGAAGCUAAGAAGCUUCUCGCCAAAAUGAAAUACUUUGCAAACUUAAAGGAUAAACUGAAGAACAAGAAGAUCCCUUCCUGAUACUGCCUCCUUUACCACUAAGAGUUAACGUGAUUUUCAAUUAAAUGGCUGAUUUGGUUACCAAAAA